AUGGCGAGCGCCUCGUACCACAUUUCCAACCUGCUGGAGAAAAUGACAUCCAGUGACAAGGACUUCAGGUUUAUGGCUACUAAUGACUUGAUGACAGAACUACAGAAAGAUUCUAUCAAGCUGGAUGAUGACAGUGAAAGAAAAGUAGUGAAGAUGAUUUUGAAAUUACUGGAAGACAAAAAUGGUGAGGUGCAAAACUUAGCUGUGAAAUGCCUUGGUCCUUUGGUGAGUAAAGUGAAGGAGUAUCAAGUGGAGACCAUUGUAGAUACCCUCUGUACAAACAUGCUUUCAGAUAAAGAACAGCUGCGUGACAUUUCAAGCAUUGGCCUUAAAACUGUGAUUGGAGAACUCCCUCCAGCUUCCAGUGGUUCUGCAUUAGCAGCUAAUGUUUGCAAAAAGAUCACAGGGCGUCUCACUAGUGCUAUAGCCAAGCAGGAAGAUGUGUCUGUUCAACUGGAGGCACUGGAUAUCAUGGCUGAUAUGCUGAGCAGGCAAGGAGGACUGCUUGUUAACUUCCAUCCUUCAAUUCUGACCUGUCUGCUCCCCCAGCUGACUAGCCCCAGACUUGCUGUGAGGAAAAGAACCAUCAUUGCUCUUGGUCACCUGGUUAUGAGUUGUGGCAAUAUGGUUUUUGUUGACCUCAUUGAACAUCUGUUGACAGAGCUGUCUAAAAAUGAUUCCAUGUCAACAACUAGGACCUAUAUACAGUGUAUUGCUGCUAUCAGUAGGCAAGCAGGUCAUAGAAUAGGUGAAUAUCUGGAGAAAAUAAUUCCUCUGGUUGUAAAGUUUUGUAAUGUAGAUGAUGAUGAGCUACGAGAGUAUUGCAUUCAAGCCUUUGAAUCCUUUGUUAGGAGAUGUCCUAAAGAAGUUUAUCCUCAUGUAUCUACCAUUAUAAACAUCUGUCUUAAAUACCUUACCUAUGAUCCUAAUUACAAUUAUGAUGAUGAAGAUGAGGAUGAAAAUGCUAUGGAUGCUGAUGGUGGUGAUGAUGAUGAUCAAGGGAGUGAUGAUGAAUACAGUGAUGAUGAUGACAUGAGCUGGAAAGUGAGGCGUGCAGCUGCUAAAUGCCUUGAUGCUGUGGUUAGCACACGACACGAAAUGCUUCCAGAGUUCUACAAAACUGUCUCACCUGCUUUAAUAGCCAGAUUCAAAGAACGUGAAGAGAAUGUGAAAGCAGACGUUUUCCAUGCAUAUCUUUCUCUUUUAAAACAAACUCGACCUGUGCAAAGUUGGCUUUGUGAUCCUGAUGCAAUGGAACAAGGAGAGACACCUUUGACAAUGCUUCAGAGUCAGGUGCCCAACAUAGUGAAAGCCUUGCACAAACAGAUGAAGGAGAAAAGUGUGAAGACUCGUCAGUGUUGCUUUAACAUGCUGACUGAGCUAGUUAAUGUGUUACCUGGAGCCCUAACACAACAUGUUCCUGUACUUGUACCAGGAAUUAUUUUUUCACUGAAUGACAAAUCGAGUUCUUCUAAUCUGAAGAUAGAUGCUUUGUCCUGUUUGUAUGUGAUCCUCUGCAAUCAUUCUCCCCAAGUCUUUCAUCCUCAUGUUCAAGCAUUGGUACCUCCAGUUGUAGCUUGUGUUGGAGACCCCUUUUACAAGAUCACAUCAGAGGCACUUUUGGUUACCCAACAGCUGGUGAAGGUCAUUCGGCCUCUGGACCAGCCUUCAUCCUUUGAUGCCACUCCUUACAUCAAAGAUUUGUUUACUUGUACAAUCAAGAGAUUAAAGGCUGCUGACAUUGAUCAGGAGGUGAAAGAAAGAGCAAUAUCUUGCAUGGGUCAGAUAAUUUGUAGCCUGGGUGACAGCCUAGGCACAGACCUGCCUAGUACACUUCAGAUCUUCUUAGAGAGACUGAAGAACGAGAUCACUCGGUUAACGACAGUGAAGGCCAUGACGCUGAUCGCUGGUUCUCCUUUGAAGAUUGAUUUGAGGCCAAUCCUUGGGGAAGGAGUUCCUAUCCUUGCUUCUUUUUUGAGGAAGAACCAGCGAGCUUUGAAACUGGGCACUCUUUCUGCUCUAGAUAUUUUAAUUAAAAAUUACAGUGACAGCUUGACAGCUGCCAUGAUCGAUGCUGUCCUGGACGAGCUUCCACCUCUGAUUAGCGAAAGCGACAUGCAUGUGUCACAAAUGGCCAUCAGUUUUCUGACCACCCUGGCUAAAGUAUAUCCUUCUUCCCUCUCAAAGAUUAGUGGGUCCAUUCUCAAUGAACUUAUUGGGUUGGUGAGAUCACCCCUGCUUCAGGGCGGAGCGCUCAGUGCCAUGCUAGAGUUUUUCCAAGCUUUGGUUGUGACUGGGACAAAUAAUUUAGGCUACAUGGAUUUGCUGCGGAUGUUGACGGGCCCGGUGUACUCGCAGAGCACAGCACUUACUCACAAGCAGUCUUACUAUUCCAUUGCCAAAUGUGUUGCUGCCCUUACUCGAGCCUGCCCUAAGGAAGGACCUGCUGUUGUAGGCCAGUUCAUUCAGGACGUAAAGAACUCCAGAUCCACGGAUUCCAUUCGGCUCUUGGCUCUGCUUUCUCUCGGGGAAGUUGGGCAUCACAUUGACUUAAGCGGGCAAAUUGAGCUGAAGUCUGUGAUAUUGGAAGCAUUCUCUUCUCCUAGUGAAGAAGUCAAAUCCGCAGCGUCCUACGCGCUAGGCAGCAUCAGCGUUGGCAAUCUUCCCGAGUAUCUGCCCUUUGUCCUGCAAGAAAUAACGAGUCAGCCCAAGAGGCAAUACCUUCUCCUGCAUUCCUUGAAAGAAAUAAUUAGCUCUGCCUCAGUGAUGGGGCUCAAACCAUACGUGGAGAACAUCUGGGCCUUGCUCCUGAAGCACUGCGAAUGUGCCGAAGAGGGCACAAGGAAUGUGGUUGCUGAAUGCUUGGGCAAGCUAACGUUAAUAGACCCGGAGACUCUGCUUCCACGACUCAAGGGGUACUUGGCAUCAGGGUCCUCAUAUGCUCGAAGUUCAGUGGUUACUGCUGUCAAGUUCACUAUUUCUGAUCAUCCACAACCCAUAGACCCUCUAUUGAAGAACUGCAUAGGUGAUUUUCUGAAAACUCUGGAGGACCCAGAUCUCAACGUCAGGAGAGUAGCCCUAGUGACAUUUAACUCAGCAGCACACAAUAAACCAUCACUAAUAAGGGACCUCUUAGACACUGUGCUUCCUCACCUUUACAACGAAACAAAAGUCAGAAAGGAGUUAAUCAGAGAGGUGGAAAUGGGACCAUUUAAGCAUACAGUUGAUGAUGGGUUGGACAUAAGGAAAGCAGCUUUUGAGUGCAUGUAUACUCUUCUGGAUAGCUGUUUGGAUAGACUAGAUAUAUUUGAAUUCUUAAACCAUGUUGAAGAUGGCCUGAAGGAUCACUAUGAUAUUAAGAUGUUAACCUUUUUAAUGUUGGUCAGACUGUCUACCCUUUGUCCAAGUGCAGUGCUGCAGAGGCUGGACAGGCUGGUGGAACCUUUGCGUGCUACAUGUACAACUAAGGUAAAGGCCAAUUCAGUGAAACAAGAGUUUGAAAAGCAAGAUGAACUCAAACGAUCUGCUAUGAGGGCAGUAGCAGCGCUUUUAACCAUUCCAGAAGCAGAGAAGAGUCCAUUAAUGAGUGAAUUUCAGUCACAGAUAAGCUCUAACCCUGAGCUGGCAGCCAUCUUUGAAAGUAUCCAAAAAGAUUCAUCAUCCACUAAUUUAGAAUCAAUGGACACUAGUUAGAUGUUUGUCCAACAUGGGGACCAUUCUGUUGAACCAUAUGAUGCACUGAAUUGACAGGUUGGGAGUAAAGAAACAGGAGGAAAAAAGAAAAAAAAAAGGAAAAGUAUCUAAUCUACACAUUGUUCCACUUUAUUUAACUUUCAUGGAGACAGUUGGCUUUUCCCAUUGUUGCUUUUCUAGCAUUUAUUCCAGAAAUGUAUUUCCAUAAUCCAGAGUUUGUUAACCACUCUUGGGUUUAGUGGAUUUGGCCACCUUUGGGAAUUUAAAACUUUGACACAUGGUAUAUGGAAAAUAGGUUCCAUGAUCCAUUUGCCCCUGUAAUGUUUAGGAUUAAAAUGCUGAA